AUGAAGAAUCUAUUGAACACGCUCUACGCGAUUGUAGUUGGGCUGGGAUGCUUUGGCAGGGCUAAUCCCCAAAGAGAGGUUCAUGCACAGUUCGCCACCGUUGCUUGGUCCAUCUGGUAUGCUCGAAAUUUGGCUUUAUUUCAGCAGAAAGAUCUUUCACACUAUGACUGCCUUGGUAUAGCUACCCGAGCUUUGUGGAAUUCUCCUAUCUGUUCAUCUCCUAGAAUCCCUCAAGCCUUUCGUGUGGAUUGCACCAGAGGAAGCCAGAUUAAGAUAUCAUCUGAUGCUUCUGUGAUUGCUUGCAAAGGAGUGGGGAUCGGUGUUGUUAUGCGAGAUAAGGAGGGGCAAGUGCUAGGGUGCAGAUAUGGUUUUAUUCCUGGAGCGUUCUCAGUCAUUGAAGGGGAAGCGUUGGCCUUGCUUGAGAGCUGUCGUCUGUGCAGAGAGAGAAAUGCUUCGGACAUCAUUUUAGAGACGGACAACCAACAACUUUACUGGAUCCUUCAACGGCAGGAAGAUGAUCUUUCUUACUUGGGGAAUAUUCUUCGCCAGAAUUACGACCUUAAAGCUGCGUUUGGUCAAGUGGUUUUUAGCUGGACACCUCGUGAGGGAAAUUCCGUUGCUCAUUGUUUAGCAUCUUUUGCUUUUUCGCAUUCUUUACCUUUGUGUUCUUCCUCUGUUAUGCCAUCUGAUGUAAACUCUCCUUCAAGUGGUUAA